GACAGGUAGUCAGAAGUUAAGAUGAAAAGACAGCAGCAGCUCAGUUUAAGUGAUUUCUUUCUCAUGGGGAAGAAAAGAAAGAAAGGAAAUAGAUCAGAUGAAGUUCAGCUGGAAACUAACAGUGGUGACACUGGUGAGGGUGAUGCAGGGAGAGCCAGCACUGCAGAGCUGCAGUGAGAAGACGUCUCACGUGUCAGUUGACGGUUUCCUCUUCUCUGACUCGUACUCCACUGUAUGAUCGCAGCCAUUGAAUUAGUGGGACCUAAUAAUACCUGCUGCCAGAUGACCAGCGGACAUCACUGAUCAACAUGAAUCCUGGCAGCUAUCAAAGCAUGCUGUCGUCUGUGAACGGCGGGCAUCCCAAUGUGGUUUUGGAUCGUGUUCUGAACACUUCAAAUGUGAGGUGCUGUCAGAAAUGUGGAUUCGCUUCUACAGAUGCUGCGUUGUUCAAAAAGCAUAUGAUCGAGCAUAAGGGGACAACAAGGUUUUACUGUUUUUAUUGCAACAAAGUCUCGUUCAGUGAGGCAGAGUUAAAUGCUCACCUGAAGCAACACAAUUCAAAGUAUCCAUUUAAAUGUCCUCACUGUGGACAGGGCUAUAUGAGGAGGCUGUGCCUUGUGAAGCACAUUGAGCGUUUGCAUAGUACAAGCGUUAGUAAAGGACCUGGUGACCCUGGCACGACAAAAAAUCAACAUGUUUCUGUUUCCAGUGCCUUAUCAAGUGUGCCCACUGCUGAUCCAUCGCCACUUCGACCAACUGUUCGAGUAACCGUACCUGCCCUGAGUACAUCUGUGGUCAGACUGGAUAAAGAUGAACAGAGAGGAAAAACACUGGACACAAAUGUAUCAAAUGCCACAAAUGGUAAUGCAGAGCAUUUGACCCCUUUUAAUGGACUCAUUCAGCACAACCGGGCUCUGACGGUUUCCCUUCCAGAGGAGGUAACGAUCCCUGCUGGCUGUUUGGUUGAACUUGUUGAGGUAAAAACUGUCAAUGGGACAAAGGAGCUAAAGCUGAGGCUCGUCUCUCAACAAGAAAACAAGUCUGUGAUUAAAGACACCAGGACCACAGUCUCUCAAAACACUGCACUGGGAAAGCCAUUCCUAUCUGCAUUAAAUCAUCCAAACACCGUGAAGUCUAUGAGUAUGGGUAUGUGCACAGUUAACAGGAAACAAUGUGACACAAAGACUGUGAAUGUGGAGCGUCCUGCAGUUGUCCCAGUCAAUAUUUCCAAAAACCUCCCGAAUCAAGUAAGCAAGGAAAAAGGUGGACUGAAAAGAUCAUCACAAGAAAUAAUCAACUUGGAAUGUCACACAGUCGUUCCAAACAAGGUUCCCAAAAGCAUCCUCAAUCCUGUAAGAGAAGGAAAUAGUGGGAUCAAAGUCACACAGAGAGAGCCCGUCAACCACAAUUCGGCUCUGCCCUCUGUUAUCUCCAACACGGUUGUCAACAGGUUGACUCACACCCUGCAUCCAGAAAACGCGGGAGCGUGUGUUUCUCAGAGAGCAGUGGAUAAGAGAAAUAAUUUAAUUCCAGAGCAUUCCAAGAGUAUCCCACCCAGGAGGGCAAGUGACAUAAAAAUCAUUCAUCAAGAUGUGUCGGUGGCUGUUAAGCAGGAACCUGGGGAGGUGCUCCUCAAAAACACCACUUCUUUAAAAAAGAAGAAAGAGGCUGUGGGCUUGAACCAGCAAAAAUCAACUUCUCCUUCCUUGAGUGUUCUCUUAGCUGCAGCGGCCCAAGUGAGACCUCCAGCGACUUUAGUUUGUAAGGAUAAUGUUGUCGCAAAGCCAUCUUCUUCGAUGCCAAGGACUCUAAAUGAGCCCUCAUCAGUCAAAACACAGGUGCUUUCCAACCGCACAAAUUCAGAGAUCUCCACUUGGACCCAGGAAGUCCGAUCCAAUGAGAGAGCCGGAGAAGGAGACACGCUAGAGCCCGAGGGUUUUCCCAUCAUCUCUUCUGUGUUUUCAUUAAGUCAACAACCGGAGGAUGUCCAAGGCUCCAUGCAGCCACUGGUUAUGGCUCUGCGUGGUAUAGUGAUGAAUAAAAGUAACAGUUCUGGUAGUGCAACUCAAGAUCACAUCAAGAUGAACAGAACAGAGCAGGUGAAGGAGGCGCCAGCAAUGGGGUUCUGUGCACAGGCGGCCACAAAAGAUGGAUCCAUCAUCCGCAAGCUGUUAUUGACCGAGCGGACCAGUGAGUCCGUCAAAAUAGAGGAGCAGGAUAAGGGUAUUCAACACCCUCCUGCACUGACCCACAACCAUGUCCAUAUCAAGGAGGAAAAAAAUAGCACGGCGCCAACAGACAAUAAGAACCGCCGUCACACUCCUGCUUCACAAUCUUCAGCAGAUGAGGAGUCUGUUUCCGAAACUGCCGCACAUGUAAAUGCACCCGAGACUGCAGAGCCUCUACGGCAAAUGGCAAAAAGUGAGAGCGACAUCUCAAAGUUCCUGACUGUCUCUCUGAAAAGGGUACAAGUAGGCGUGUGGAAGAAAACCAAGAAGGGACUGAAACUUAGAAUAUCCAAGUAUAAGACUCAGAUACCCGUGAGCAGUCUAACGGAUUGCACAGUUAUUUACCCGAUGCCGCUGAAGGUGGACCAACUGGUGAAACGGCCGGGCCCCAACCAGCCUGUGGUGGUGCUCAAUCACCCAAAGCCUCGGGCCUCCAUUCAGGGAGCGAGAGCAGACACUUUAGCAGACACAGGAGCCUCUAAUGGAGCUCCAAAAUGCCAAAUCUUAAAAAUGAGGCUGAGCAAAGUGAUGGGGCAGAAGUAUGAGGUGAUGGGGUGCACGGUUGGAGUCUUUCCAUGAAUAUAUCAGACAAUGUGUCAGUGGACAGACGUGUACAUUUAUGAGAAAAUAAGUAGUAUUACAAUGGGAAGAUGUGGACAUAACGUUAUUUUCUCUAUGGGAGCACACAAUUUUAAAAGAGUGGACAUCUGAUUAUCAGUGAACAUUGUGUUAUACGUAUGUUAAUAUAGGCAUGGGAUAUGGAGUAUUUAAGUGCAAUGAAAGGGAACGUGGACCAUCUACUGUAGUAGAUUGCAGUCAGUAAUACACAGAUGUUAGAUUACUGUUUUAAAGACGUUUGAGAAACCAGUUGGUCUGUCAGAGUUGAGGCAUUAAUGCAUGCUGUUUACUUAAAAAGGAUAACAUACUGUAUUUAUUUUUUUGUUUGCAUCAGUAAUAUUUUGCUGUUCAUCUGGCUUCUCUAAGAUACAACCUGAACUAGGGAAAGUACACCUGGGAGUAUCACAUCUUUUUGUAAAGUAUAAACCAUGUCAUGAAUAAAUACACGUAACAUGCACGGCUCCCAGUUGUAAUGAUGGAACAAUCCGUGGUGGAUAUUAAGUAAUGGUGAAAUGUUUGGUUUGUGAUGACAUGUACUUGACAGUUAGAUGUCGUAGAUUCCGGCCGAAAGCUCACUUGCAAUAUUUAGCACAAACAAUAUACAAUGAAAAAAUCUCUUAUUCCAAUGUGACUCUCCAUUUCCCCCCAUUUUACUCAGAUUAACUGAACAGUCGAAAGGCAAGAAAACAAAUCAAUUUCCAAUCAUCAAAUAUAGAACAGCACUUGCAAGCCUAUACAAUUUUUUGCUUCUUCGUUGGUUUGUUGUGUUGAUGGCUAGUUGUUAGACUUUUAUGCUGCAUCCCAAUUCAGGAGCUGCACCCAAAAAGUUACAUUUUCAACACUGAUUGCCUUAAAAGUGGUCAAUAAGACUCGUCCCAUUUCAAAAGCUCCUCUAAAUUUGGCCUGAGCAAUGUGGCUUUCGGAGAAGUCGCAGCCAGUGUCACGCGCAGCACUCUAUAUCGGUCAAUAGUGUCGUGGUGCAUUUAGGCACUCUUUGCAACUCUUAGAUUUGGUAAAUAUUGCGUGACCAUGUCGUAUUCAUCAGAUGGUCAUCAGUCAAUGGUAAAUUCAUCAAAUGAACUGGACCAAUGAAAAGGAGGAUGCAAGGUGUAAAUAAUGGAAGCUGGGCAUGCAUACCACUGUUUGUUCUCAUUAUUAGUUUGGAUGUGUUGUACAUCACUGGGUGCUGCAGAGAAACGGACGUUAUGUGUGCCAAAGUCGUCCUUAAUGUGUUGUGUGAAAUUAAAUGUCACCGUUGUUCUGUAAACUUGGUAUGUGCCCCGGUUUCUUACCUGUAUUUACCACUUUGCCAGCCAUUUUCGGUGAAAAACUUAAAUCUGUAGUGCGUAACUUUUUGAUAUUAAUGAACAUCCAUUACAUUCAAGCCAUUCAAUUCCUCAUGGGGGGGGCGGCAAAAACUGCGCACUAUGGCUUUAAAUGUUUUUUACUUUGCCAGUUGACGAGGAGUGCCUGAAUGCACCGUUUAGCCAAGAGCUACAAUUUCCACUAUUCCUAAUAGUCCAGACGGAUAAGAACGGUGAACUUAAAGGAGCUGUACUCAAUAUUCAGAACAUUGAUAUCGGCCUGUGUAAGGACAUAGUGGAGUAAUGGUGUCCUGAGCAGAGAAUGAAGUCACACUCCCUCUGUGUGUGUUGUAAUCAGAACUUCUACGUUCUUUGUCUUGAUAGUCGGUCCGGCCGUGCGCACGUGCAUAUUAGUGCAUGUGGUCACGUAUUGGGGAACGGUCUGUGAGAGCCGUGUGGAGGCAAUACCAGCCUGUGGAUUAUUCAGUAUUUUGAGUACAGCCCCUUUAAAGUCUUAAAGAAUCCUAUAUUUUUAUUUACUUGUUCAGUCUUAUGUUAUCCUCGAUUUGAUAAUUAAUAUUUGUUUUUUUUUAUUCUUACCACAUUAGAUGUUUGUUUGACAAUUAAAUGUGUUAUUCAUCACAGAUAUUUUGUAAUUAACUUAUGUAAGGUAAGGGAACAGUCCCAGAACCAAGUGUUAAUGCCAUCUUGGAUCGUUGUUACUCUUUGUGCCAUAUGUUUGUUGUUUGGUUUUUAUGUGACAGCUUCCAUGUAUAGCCUCUUUCUAGCGUCUUAAACAGUAGUGCAAAAUGGAGCUGAUAAAAUCAGCCAAAACUGGUUUAUUACUUUAAGAGAAAGCCACAUAAUAUAAUAUGUGUAUUUUGCCAUGUAGGCCAAGUACAUACUUGUUUUAUUUCGUGUAAAUACUGACUGUUGUGAUUCUAGGGAAACUGCUAAAACUUGUAUAGUUUUUCGAAAACCAUCUAAAGGACACAAACGAUCUUCUCUCCUGAUGCUUUGCAGAUGUGUUUCUCUUCUUACGAAAGCAUUACAACAUUUUUGUGUUCUUGUUUAUAAUGUAAACCAUCAUAUAUGUGUUGCCAGACCUAUUAUUCAAUUAUAAAAGGUUUUGGUUGCCCAGUCUUUGUAUAUAUUUUGAUCACCCACAGAUUUUAUUAUGUAUAUACCUAUAAAUAUAACGUGCGACAACUGGUGUUUAUACUCAGUAGGGAAUGGUUAUCAUUCCACAGCCUCUUCUGCAAAAGAAGUUAUGUUGUGCUUUACUUUCCUAACACUGCAGUGUCUGAAUCUGCCGUUCUGUAUUAUUUGUCUUAAAGGUGUGUAAGGGCGUGACGGUUCUUCCUGAAUGCUUUGCUUUGUCUUUCAUUCACUCCUCAUUUGUGUUAGAAUUACUCAUGUUCCUGCUAUAGCAGAUUUUGGUUUUACUAUCUUCUCAAUGUUCAUUAUCAUGUUCCAUGCUUUUAUAAUGACAAUUGUGUAACUCCUCUUUUUCUAUUAAAACAUGAACCCAG